AUGACCGGCACGACCACGGGGCAACACAACGCGACGGCGGCGCUGGACUGGUGGCAGGCCGAGGCGAGCAAGCACGAACGGCCCUGGCACGAGCAGCGGAACGGCGAGCGCUUGGGCCGGGAGGAGGGCGCCCGGGUAAAGCGCCAACAGGUCGCUGCCCUCGUGCGCUUCCGGGCCGCCACCUCUCGCCUGCGCCGACCAGCCGAACGUGAGGCCUAA